UCAGGGUCAGCACAUAGCUGUCCACGUGUACUGUACAUGACAAGAGGAACUGGGCUGUGGAAAAACCAAAUUAAAAAAAUUCAAUUCCAUGGUUCAAAUAGAUUGCCUUUCCUCUUCUUGAUAAAGUUUUGUAGGUGCAGCCUGAUUCUGGCUUGAAUUAGCACCAGUUCAGAAAUCACAUGAUGUGACUGUGACAAACCAAACUUGUUGAAGCAGUCUGGAUCUGACAAUGAGGCAAGUAAACACACCAGAGGGACGUCAUUGACAGUCUCUAUGGAUACCAACCCGAUGACUUGAGAUUACAUCACUUUUGACAAAACCUCUUUAUAACAGUGGAGGCAAAGGGCUGAAGUCUUCUGGCAGAAGGGUGGCUGCUGGGCAUUUGGUUGCUGCAGCAAAAUAAAAGAAAAUAAAAGGUAGUAUUAAAAUGUUACAAUUAUUUAGCUAUUUAAAAUUUCAAUUUUAUCUUCAGUUUUAGAGAUCUGCUAUCUUUUAUAAACUACCUUCUGAGCUCUCCCUCCUCUUUUUGCAUGUGCAGAAAAUUUAACUGCUCACUGAUGUCUUACUGUAGAAAGACCUUUGACAUGUGGCAAAUCAGCUUUUGCUUGUUUUGUUGCAGGUGAUGGAAAACUACACAUUCAACAGCUUUACCCUCCAGCUGGAGGGAUUAAAGAUCACUGAAGUUUCCAUGUAUCCCAUCUUUCUCUUUUUCUUUGUCUCCUACCUGAUUAUUAUAUUAGCCAAUGUAGGCAUUGUAGUCCUAGUUUUCAUUGACACGAGCCUUCAUCAGCCGAUGUAUCUUCUUUUUUGCAACUUGCCAGUCAAUGACAUCAUAGGAAACUCUAUCAUGGUGCCUCGUUUGCUUGUAGACUUGUUGCGGCCUCCCUCUGAGCGCCUCAUCAGUUAUUAUGAAUGUGUGGUCCAAGCGUUCACCACCCACAUGUUUGGUACCACGUCUCACACUGUGCUCAUGAUUAUGGCCUUUGACAGAUUCAUGGCUAUCUGCAAUCCACUGCGUUAUGCUGCCAUAAUGACCACCAAAAUGGUGAUUAAGCUGACAGUUGCAGCCUGGGGUGUGGCCUUCAUUUUGGUGGGGAUUCUGCUCGGUCUGACCAUACGGCUCAACCGAUGCAAGACUCUGAUAACAAACCCCUUCUGUGACAAUGCGUCCUUGUUUAAGCUCAGCUGUGACAGUGUGUUUAUCAAUAAUGUCUAUGGUCUUACUUUCACUGUAGUCCUGUUCACAGGUUCUAUAGGCAGCAUGGUUCUCACCUAUACUAAGAUUACAGUAGUCUGUCUGACCAGUAAGAACAAGUCUUUAAACAGUAAAGCCCUGAGGACCUGCAGCACCCAUCUCUUUGUGUACCUAGUUAUGUUCUUGUGUGGAAUGCUCAUCAUCAUCCUGCAUCGCUUUCCUCAGUACUCAGACUACAGAAAACUCUCUGCCAUUUUGUUCCAUAUUAUUCCUGGUAGCCUGAAUCCCAUCAUUUAUGGGGUUCAGUCUAAAGAGAUACGAAAAUUCCUGUCAAAAUUGUUUCAGGUCAGAAAGGGUUUGCUGUCAUUUUAAUGUCAAACAUCAUUCAGCAGAAAUGUCUUUGUCUUUGCUUUUUUGCCCGAACAUUUUUAAGUUUUCCUUUAUUGACAUUUCUGCUAACAACCUA